AUGGUAUAUGUCUCCACAAAGAACAUAUUGUUCCAUAAGGGUCGUGCUCGUAAGCUCAUUCCGAAGUACGUCAGGCCGUACCUGAUUACAAAGGAUUUUGGAAACAACUCGUAUUGGGUGGAUCUACCUGUGCAACUACUCCAGCGAGGUGUCCAUCUGGUUUUUCAUUUGUCCCUGCUCCGCGUUCAUGUGCCGAAUGAUGAUUGGCUCUUCCCUGGGCAAUCUGAGACUCAGGUCGCCGACUUCGGUGCAGAGAGUUCUGAAUGGGCGGUGGAUCAGAUUCUAUUGCACAAGGGUAGAGGACAAUCAGCAGUGUUUGAAGUCAAAUGGAAGGCAGGAGACAUUACCUGGCUCCCAUUAGAUUGA